AUGUUGUGGGAAACUGUUACGGAUUCUUGUGAAGUUUAUCAGUGCACAAGGCUGUUCAAAAAUGUCUUCAAAAUAAAAGGGACGCCGGAAGGUGCAAUGAAAUCGCGAUUGAAGUCUCGUCGCUCGGGAACCAUGACCUCCAGACGGGUCUCAAGCCCGGAGUUGUCGUGCUUGUCUAUCGACAACAAGGAGAAUGGUGGCGCCAUCUGUAGUCCGCUUAGUAGUCUGAAGAGUCCUCUUAAGAAGUCAAAGCUGCACAGCCUCCGCUCUCCACUGGAAGACUACGACCCAAACAGCCAAGACAGCGGCUAUGGAGCCUCAUCAGAAUCUCUAUCGACCUUCCGGUUCUUAGAACCCCACGGAGUGGCUCCUCGUCGAAUUUCAAUGGACAGAAGUCCGCAGCAGCAGUCUCCAGUCCGUUCUUCUCCGCACCGUCGGCCAGUUUCGAGUCUCCGGCGACGUUUAUCAGCCGACCCGGAGCUAGAGUCAAUGGACGACGGGUUCAACGAGCUGAUUGACCUGGACAACUUCCUGGACUCUAACGGAUCGAUGCCCAACGACUUGAGCACGUUGAUCUCCGGAGCGAUUUUUGAGAAACCGAUGGAGUGCGACGCAACGACUCCAGAAUCUCGUCCCCGCCCUCCAGGAGUCCGUCGGUCGUUGUCCCUCCAGACGACUAGCCCCGAGCACGAUACUCCGCCAUUGUCCAAGGUCAGGUCUUGUCUCUUCAGGUCGCCGACUGCAACCUCAUCGACCUCCAAGCUCAAGUACCAGGACAAGCCUCGGGCUCUGUUCGCUGAUUCUCCAGACUCCAGAGUUCCAGCUCCAGUCAGGAGUUUCAAGCGUCCGGAACCGCCCUCGGACUCCAGUCCGGUCCUGGUCAAGCGGACUAAGAAGACCUCCAGCCUCCAGGGAAUUUCGGAGAACGAUCGCAAAGCUGCCCUCCAAAGGUCCUUUUCGGAGCCGGAAGCGCAUGCGCAUAUCAAGUCUGCUAUUCACAGAAGCACCACCGACGCUGAUCUUACUGGAGACUUUUCCAAGACUUGUAUUUUGCCUUUGGCUGAAGGUCAUCAUGAGGAUUUAAAGUCCAUCACUGCUGAGACUCUUGCUAGACUUAUCAAGGGAGAAUUUAAUGAAAAGGUCGCCAGCUACAAGAUUGUUGACUGCAGGUAUCCUUACGAGUACGAAGCAGGCCACAUCGAAGGUGCUCUGAACUUAUACACAAAAGACCUGAUCGAAGAGUACCUGAUGAAACCCUUACAAGAGCGCCCAGAAAUCCAACCAGACAGUGACCGUCGCAGCAUCGUGGUGUUCCACUGCGAGUUCUCCUGGGAGCGAGGUCCAAACCUCUCCAGGUUCCUCCGGAACAUCGACCGAAAACUGAACAAAGAGCACUACCCCGCUCUCCACUACCCGGAAAUCUACCUUCUUCACGGCGGGUACCAGCAGUUCUACCGCGCUCAGAUGGAGUUCUGCACUCCCCAGGGCUACAGACCCAUGACUCAUCCCGACCACGAGGAAGACCUCCGGAGGUUCCGCAGUAAAAGCAAGAGCUGGCAAGGUGAAAAACGCGUCGGGCUUAACAGGGGUAACCUCAAGAGACUCGGGUUCUAA